AUGCCUAUUUACCCUAACAAACACCAAACUCAGAAAGACAAACUAAGCCCUCUCGCCCUUGAUCCUACGAGUCAGCUGGAUGUCCUUAUCGUCACCCUCUUGGCGUGGAUGGCGCACAAGUUGGUGUCCGCCGCCUCCGGGUACUUGCGGAUCUCACGGAGGGCGACGGUGCCGGGACGAAAGCAGUGGGGCUUCUUAAAGCUGCCGGUCACUGGAGCAGACUUCCUGGCAGCUUUGGUGGCCAGCUGCUUGCGGGGAGCCUUCUUGCCGGUGGAUUUGUGA